AUGCACACAAUCACAACAGUGGAAACACAUACCUGUGGCGAGCCUUUCCGGGUUGUCACAGGAGGACUUCCCAGCCUGCCGGGCAAAACUCUUCUGGAGAAAAGGAACUGUCUAGAGCGGGAGCAUGACUACAUAAGACUAUCGCUGAUGAGAGAACCAAGAGGACAUUACGAUAUGUUUGGAGGGUUUCUCUUAGACCCAGUCGAAAAUGGUGAUGCUGCCGUUCUUUUCAUGAAUCCUAGUGGCUAUACAGACCAAUGUGGCCACGGAAUCAUCGCGAUUGUCACUCUCUUAAUCCAGCUACGCAAGUUACCCGAUGAGCAUUACAGAUUGAAGCCAGAUCUGAUGUCAAUCAGACUCGAAACUACCGUCGGCAUACUCGAAACAGAGGCAUGUUGGAAUGGCCAAAAAGUUGAGUAUGUCAGGUUCCGCAACACCCCUGUUUGGAUCCUUUACGAAAACUUGACAAUUAAUUCCUCUAUGGGUCCGAUUACAGGAGAUAUAGUUUUUAAUGGGGCAUUUAACUUUUUUGCAGAGCUUGAUCCAAUUGUUCUCCAAGUCAAACCUGAGAGUUCAAGUCGCAUUAUCGAACUGGGUGGUGAGAUUAAGGAGAGAAUACAAAAAAUGGGAUUGGACAUCUCUAGCGAGGAGUUUCCUCAGAUUAAAGGGCUACACGGAGUUGAUUUUGUUAAUGUAAGACAAAAGGAUCCAACAGAUGAAACAAAACCCAACCAGAAAUCUGUUUUGGUACUAGGCCACAAGCAAAUAGACAGAUCUCCUUGCGGCUCUGGAACAGCUGGAAGAACAGGCUUGCUAUACUUGAAGGGUCGGAUUUCACCCGAGCACAUUUUCGUGAACGAAUCCAUCAUAGGUUCUACCUUCAAGGCCAAGAUUGUGGAUACUAAUGUUAGGGCAAAUUGUAACACCAAAAAAGCAUGUGUCGUUGAAAUUCAAGGUCAAGCACAUCUACUCGGAAAAUCAGAAUGGUGGCUGGAUCCUGAUGACGAGAUCGGAUAUAGAGGGUUUGUAAUACAUAGAUAA